CAACUAUUUUGACAAACGUGCCAUUGGUAUUAUUUAUUUAAGUUUACCUAUAAUUUUGUAGUAUUUAAAAUGGAUAUAAAACAGCAAACAUCACGGCUACUUCAAUUAACUAUUAGCGGGUUUGGAAUGUUAUCUACAUUUUACAUGGUUACGGAAUUAAUGUAUUUUUUAUCUUUUCCCAAAAAAAUUGAUCAAUAUGUAAAAGAAUCAGAAUUAAUGACAUCAUGGGCUCUCUUACUAAAUAUGGGGUUAUUAUCACUUUUUAUUCUUCAGCAUUCAUUACUAGCAUCCAGUAAAGUGAAGGAAGCAUUUCAAGCUAAUGGAUUUCAAGUAAUUUAUCGAAGUGUUUAUGUAGUUGCUACAUCUGGAAUAUUGUUGUAUGUAUUACGGCAUUGGAAAACAACUCCACAUGCAAUCAUGUGGGCUUUCAAUCUAAAUUACAAACCUAUCUUCUGGAUAUAUGCAUCAAUCCACACUGUAGCUUGGAUUAUUAUUUAUGUUGGGAACAUUUGCUGCGAUGUUACCGAACUUCUCGGUAUUAAACAGGUGUAUUACAGUAUUAUGAAUCUGCCAGACCCGAACUUAAGAAAAUCAAAACAAUGGCAACGUCUUAACAGUCAUAUGAGACACCCAAGCUUUUUAGCAUUUGUUUUAAUAUUUUGGUUGUGCCCUGUAAUGAGUCUGGACCGUUUAUUGCUAGCUGUAAUUUUAACAACGUACAUGUACGUUGCCUGGACUCCGGAUGGAAGUGACUACUAUUAUCAAAAAUAUCAAUUCGAGCGAAAACAUUUCAGACUAGAUCAUUUUAAUUAAAGACAAGAGCAUAAAUAGGAGAGUAAUUUAACAAAGAAGAAGAUUUACUGAUUUAUCUAACCGAAAAAAUCAUCGCACGGAGAGUUAUUAAAUAGUAUUAUGAUUUUUUUUUUAUUGGUUUUGGUUAUAACUUUGGUGUUUGUUGGCAGGCCAACGAUAUCAACUUCUUUUUUAUCUGAAUUCAAAUUAUUUAACUCCUGGAUCAAAUUAAUGCACCUAUUAGUGCCCAGUAGUUUAUUAUAUGUAGUAAAUAUACUAAUUUGAUUAAACAGAUAAAGAAAAAAGUGAUUCAAAAUAAUUGAAAAUACAUUAGUAUUUUUUGUAUUAUGACGUAAGCCACACGAUAGUAUCGAUGUUUUACAAUAUUGUCAACGAUUCAGUCAUGUCUAUUAAUGCAAAAUAGUUGAAUGAGAAGAUUAUAAACAUUUUUUUAUUUAAUUUCGCUUUUCCAAUUCUGAAUUGUUAGUAGCAGUUCAGUGACAUCACAGCUGCAUUAGUCCAUUUUGUAUUGGUCUUGAAAAAUUGUUCUUAAUUCUGACCAUGCUCCCUGGUCCUGUGAGUGUAAGUUUAGUUAGUUGAACAAGAUACAGUCCGUCCCAAACCCUUCUUUCAGUGCGUCAUAGUUGUUCGAAUUCUCUCUAACGCAUUAAGCUAGAAGUGACAGAAAAAAACGUGAGUCUCUGAUUAUUAUACAUAGAACUUUAAAAUUAGGUAUCGGUCACGGGUAUUCGCAUAUUAAAGCGAAUUCUACUUACGAACGUAUAAUUGGUUGGAGUUUAGAAUACGCUAAAUAGAUAUCCAAUCAAUUAUGCAUAUAAAUAUAAUUUGACACAGAUGAUCUUGAUAAUGACAGUGACAGUACCUUCACAAUGUCAACUGAGAAAAUGAUAAUUGCCGUUCCAGGUUAGUAUUUUCAGACAUUUUACCUACAGUGAAAAUUAAAUUUUGUAUUUAUUGUCAUAAAAAUAUUUUAAAUAUUCCGAGAUAUACCGAGAAUGAACAAAGACUAAUAUUAAAAUUAUUAAAUUAGUUUCAAUUAGAAAAAGAGGCUGAGUUAUCUUUAUUAUCAGUUUCUGUCGUUCGCGAAUCAGAUUGUGAAUUCCGGAAUGAUAUUGAGAAAAUAUCUUAAACUAAUACCGUUAUGGAUAUUUAUAUGUAUUAAAACGGUUCUUUUUAGAACCACGACAUUUUCUUGAAAUGUAAGAUAUAAUUGAUACCAGCCACAUAUCUAGUGUAAUCAUUGAUUUUAAAGAAUCAGAUUCUGAAUGGGAUUAUGGAUUGUUUGAAAUAUAAUAUUCAUUUUUGUUAUUCAUAAAAAAGAAGGUAAACUUACAUUCGAUAUCUUAUUUUUUAACUAAACUCCAUUAACACGAUUUCAUCUGGGUCCCGGAACUGGUAGAUUAACUCAAAAAUCAACUGCUUCACUAUUUAAACUAUUUAUAUUGUUUUUUUAACUAAACUUUAUAACCUUCUUUCAUUUGCACACCAAAUCUGGUAGAAUAACUCAAAAAUCAACGGCUUCACUAUUUAAACUAUUUCCACUAUUUAAUAACAAAUCUUCACAAAAUUAAACUAUUGGCUGCCACAGAAACUUAUCAGAAAAUUACUUAUCCAAAUAUGACUGAUUUAAAUCGAUGUUAUUUUAUCACAGGAAUGUUUACUUUGAUGCCUUGCAAUUGCAAUUGUCAUUGCAAUAUGCCUGUGUGUUUGUAAUAAAUAAUAAUAAAUCCAUAAACGAAUCUAAGCUAAUUAAGCACUUUCCUUGGAAUGUAUAAAAUAGAAUAGAACAGAAUUAUGACAAACUGCUAUGCAUUUAAAAAAAAAUAACCUUUUCACAUUUAGCCGAUUACGAUCCUACAACAGUCAGAUUUAACUAAAAUGUCAUGCAAUAAUUCUCGACAUUCCUUAAAUCCUAUAUGACGUCAAAAUUAGUGACGCACUGAAAAAAGGGUUUGAGACAGACUGUAAGGCGGUAUUUGGAAUUCCAGCACGGCCAGAAGUUUUUUAUCUACUGAUUGAGUCGUAUAUGGCUUUGAAAUCCACGAAUAUGUGGUACCAACUCUAGAGGUUUUUCAAGAAUCAAAGAUUUGGUCAAUUCGGUAAAGGGGUUUUAUUUCGAAAUUUUAAAAUGGCUUCUCUAAUUCUUCUUCGGUCGGGAGUGGCUGCCAAUAAUUUUUAUUCAUUUGAAUCAAUGAUGAGAUGGAUCUCAUCUUCAUAAUUACAAUUAAGCUUCUUGUGGUGUCUAUUUAUUUCGAAUAUUGGCGAUCAUUCUAACUAUAAUUAUUUUAUUAACUCAUGCUUUAAAUAGAUUAGCUGUUGUGGAUAACUAUUUUCUUAGGUUUUCUAACCAGGAUAUUUUUCUUCCCAAUUCCUCGCUUUCCGAAUACUUUGUCUUGAAGGAUUAUUUUCAGUAAUCUGUAUUUAGUGCCGUUUCUCAUUAUAUGUCCGAGAUAUUCUAAUUUCCUCCUUUUAAUCGUAUACGUCACACCUCUUUCUUUCCCCAUUCUUCGUAGUACAGUCUCGUUGGUUGUCUUGUCCGUCCAUGAUAUCCUUGGGAUUCUUCUGUAUAGCUACAUCUCGAAGGCUUCAAGUUUUUUCUCCAUCGCUUCAGUGAGUGUGCAGGAUUAAACUCCGUACUAUAAUAUCGAAAACAUAUAACAUCGUAGGAGUCUUACUUUUAUCUCCAGAUUAAGGUUGUAGCUUUUAAAGAGUUUUUCCAUGCUGUUGAAUAUACUCCUAGCCUUCUCCAUUCUACAUGUUAUUACUUCUUGUGAGUGAUCCCAUUGUUCGUUUACUAUUGUUCCAAGAUAGGUAAACUGUUUUACUCGGUCCACUGGUGUAUUCUUGAUAAGCAGUUGGACGUCACUAAUUUUAUUUUUGCUGAUGACCAUACAUUUAAUUUUUGAUAUGUUUGUAGUCCAAAUCUUUCACUUAAUUCAUUUACUUUGUUUAUUAGUUACUGUAAACUGUUUAAACUGUCAGCAAAAAUAUCGGUGUCAUCUGCAUAGCGGAUGUUGUUUACACGUUCUCCAUUUAAAAGAAUUCCAUGUUUGCAAUUUUCCAAGGCUUCACUAAAUAUUUCCUCUGAAUAUAGGUUGAAUAAUAUAGGUGAAAGUAUACAUCCUUGUGGUUUCAGUAUAAUUUUUUUAUUAUACGUCGGUCUUUAUCAUCUGUUUAGGUUUUUGUUAGAACAUCCAUCAUUUUUUGGUGUUGAACUGUGUCAAAUGCUUUUUGGUAGUCUACAACGCAGGUGCAGAUAUCGCAAGUCAUAUCUCUGAAUCUUAUAGGAAUAAUAGCUGUAGACCAAACAGUGCAUUUCUCGUACCUACGCCUUUCAUGAAUCCAAACUGUGUGCCUUGUAUUCUCUCUUCGCGUAGUUUCUAUAUUCUGCGAUGUAUAAUUUUAAGAAAAAGUUUUAGUGUAUGACUCAUUAGACUUAUUAGCCUAUAUUCUCCGCACUUUUCGCUCCGUUUCUUUGGUAACGUAAUAAAUUCUGAAGCUAGCCGAUUUUUUGGAAUAUUGCUUGUGUCAUGUAUAUUAAUAAAGGUUUUUCAUAGUAUUCUUAAAGAUUCAUCAUCAAGAAGUUUAAGAAAUUCAGACUGUACUCAGACUGGUCCUGGAUCUCUCCCUUCUUUUGGUGAUAUUAUGGCCGCUCUUAUUUCUGCCACUAGUAUAGGUGGUCCUGUUCCCGUAGGUAUUGAGGACUGGUUCUCCCUCUCAUCAAAAAAUAAAUUUCGUAUGUAAUUUUUCCAGGUAUGUAUUAUCAAUACUCUCUUUGUCCACAUUUACCUCUCAGUUGUCAUUAACAAGUUUAGUUAUUUCUUUUUGUUUUUCCAUUUGCCUGUAAUUUCUAUUACCUUUGUAUGCACGUUGAAGUCGUCGUAUUUACUUUGUAGAAUUUCGAUUUUUGGCGUUUUUUCUCCAGUUCUUUCUGUUUGGCUUCUCUGAUCUUUCUCUGUAUAUCUCGUUGUAAUGUUUUAUACAUAGAGUUAUUGUUCUUGUUUUUCUUUCUUUCUUCCAUCAGCUGCAGAAUCUCUGUCGUUAUUCAUGUCUUAUUCUUACCUGCCAUAAAUUUGUCUUUAAGGUCGUCUAUCGUUUUAAUAAGGGAUUCUAUCUUCUCUUCUGUGCUUUCCGUUGUAUUAACGAUUUCUUUGAAUUUUUUAGUUAUUGUUGAUUAAGCCAUUCUUCAAAAUGAUUCGCCCAUCUGUUUCUUGUCUCUAAUUACAGAACCAUCCCUAUCUUUAAAUGCUUUUAUUCUGGGUUGGAAUUAUUUUCUACAGCCGUUUAUCCGUUGAUAAAAUUUUCGUGAGUCUUUUGUGUUAUGGUGGUACCAAUCUCGUUUAGAACGAUUUCUUAUUGCUCUUCUUUUUGCUUGUAAACGUUUUUUUUUCUUUCGCUGAAGGUUUUCAUAUCCUUCCAGAGUUAACCUCAUUCUGCACUGCUAAAAUCUUUUAUACGCUUUAUUUUUUUGUUGGUUAAGAGAUCUACAUUCUUCGUCGAACCAAUCUUCAUUCCUUCUGGCCCUGUUAGAUUUUAAAACGCCUUUAGCGUGUGCAUAGCUUCUUUACAUUGAGUCCAGUGUUAGUAACAGGUGAUUGUUUUGUUCGACUUUUCAUUUAUUUCCAAUUUAUAAUUUAAUUAUAAUAAGUACAUUUAUUUAUCUUCAAGUAUAUUUUUAAAUCAAAAUCUUCAAUACAUUUAUAAAUUCAGUACUAUGGCAAUAUAAUUUGGGGUGUAUAAGUCCCAACAGUAUCGAACGGGUUAAAGAACAUUUACUAUUUUUCCAACCAAAUUACACUAACUGUGUAACUUGUAAAUAAUUUUUUAAAAAUGAAUAUGACUAGGAUUGUUGAUAUAUUUAUAUUUUUUAUUAAUGCAAAAUAUAGAUUUAAGUACUUUAUUAUUGACAGCUAUAUAUUUGACAAAUAUUUAUACAAUAUACAUAUAUUAUUAAAAUGUAUUCUUAUACUUAAAUAGUACUAUUUAUAUCAUGGUUGUUAAAAUUUUUCUACAAUCCAUUUAAUAAAUGAUAUUUACUGAU